AACGCAUCAACUUAAAGGGAAAACGAAAUGUACUCAUGUUCCCCAUACUGGAACAAAUGUAUAUAUUUUCUAGCCGUAUAAUAUCUGUGUUUAUUCAUUAGCAUAAACUCAAGUGCAGAAAGGAGAGACAGCAUAUAGCGAGUUAGUUAGCUUUGGAGAGAAAAAAAAAACAAGGCACGCAAUCCAUCUUGAAAAGUUAAAGGAAUCGACUCGCUCAGCUCCAGGACCUUUAUUUUUUAUCAUAAGAAAAAUGAGUAAUCAAAUGCAACCUUUACCGGGACAACAAGUGGUCCAUGUCGCGCAGGACCUUGAUACAGAUCUCGAGGCGCUGUUUAAUUCGGUUAUGAACCCAAAACCGAGUUCUUGGAGGAAAAAAAUGCUUCCCGAGUCAUUCUUCAAGGAACCAGAUUUGGGGACGCAUUCCCGUCAAUCAAGCACCGACUCUGGUAGCCAUACUCCCAGACUUACAGUGCAACAUGCACGGUCACAUUCCUCUCCUGCCUCGUUACAGCUUGGAACAGGAGCCAACGCGACCCCAAACCCGGCUCACCACGCACAUCUGCGCCAGCAGUCUUUCGAUGUCGCCGAUGAAUUGCCGCUACCUCCUGGAUGGGAGAUGGCGUUUACGUCAACUGGCCAGCGAUACUUUCUCAACCACCUUGAGAAGAUCACCACAUGGCUGGACCCUCGCAAGACCAUGACUACUGCCAUGAACCAGAUGAGCCUCCACAGUGUCGCCCCCUCCACCCUUGGGCAACAGUGCUCCAUUGCAAUGGCUCAGCCCAACCUGGUGAUGCCCCACCAUCACCAGCACCACCCACAGCACCAGCAACAGCAUCACCAGCAUCAACACCACCAUCAGCGUCAACACCACCAGCAGUGUCAACAGCAGCAGCCAACCCAGGCCCAGCCAAUGGCCUCCAGCCCCCCAGUUUCCCAGCAAAGCCUCCAGCAGCAGGCCCCCCAGGUUGGGCUCCUGAGCCUUCCCAACCCCCUGACCAGCCAGCAGCAGCACCAGCAGAAGAUGCGACUGCAGCGGAUCCAGCUGGAGCGGGAGCGCAUUCGCAUGAGACAGGAGGAGCUGAUGAGACAGCAGCAGUGUGGCAGCGGGACCCUUGUUACCGCUGUGGGUUUUCCCCAGGAGGUGGCACUAUGCAGACAGAUGCCCAUUGAUUCCGACAAUAUGGCUGCAGGCCCCAACCCCAUUAACACAGCACCUUUGACCCAGGGAACAAUGCCCAACCACAACUCUGACCCCUUCCUCAACAGCGGGCCGUACCAUUCCAGAGAGCAGAGCUCGGAUAGUGGCCUGGGACUGGGCUGCUACAGCAUCCCCACCACCCCUGAGGAUAUCCUCAACAAUGUGGAGGAUAUGGACACUGGAGAGGGACUUGCCCAAGGCAGCCUGGGAGUUCCUCAUCAGAGCCGAUUCCCUGACUUCCUGGACUCCCUGCCUGGCACCAACGUGGACCUGGGCACUCUGGAGGGAGCAGACCUCAUCCCCAUCCUCAACGACGUGGAGUCGGUGCUCAACAAGGCCGAGCCCUACCUCACUUGGCUGUAGAACCAGCAAGAGCCCAGUGUGAGGCACCAGAGACCAACAUACAACAAGACUAAAGACUGCAAUGCAUGGUUUCUUUUAUGUUUGGACAAUUUUUUUUAACUUUUAUAAUCUAUGUCUCAGUCAUCCUCAUGAUCACGUUAUCCCGCUGAAUCCAAAACUGAAACACACUAACCAAAGACUAUCACAGUGAAUCACAAUCUUUGUAGCACUAAACUUUAUUUGACAUGUAGCAUAGACUAGAUUUUUUAUUUUUUUUCCAUUAUAAACUAAUAGCUGGUAAAUUUGUCAGCAUCUGAACAGGAUAUAACGGCCCAAGCUAGUGAUGCUAAUCCCCGUGCUGUGGCUAUUCGUGCCAGCAGGUUGGAUUAUUUUGUCCUUUUUUAAAUGUCUACUGAAUCAGGGCUCCAAUAAUUAGUAUCCAACAAUGCUGUUACUCUAAUAAAUGUACAACAAAUACAAGAAAGCAAGGCACAGUCUAAGUUUGCAUCCACAACCUGCAUACAUUUAGCUGUGACCAUUAUAAAAAUCAACACAGCAAUUAUGAACCAAAGUAUUUUUUCUCUUUUCUAUUUAUACCAAAUAAAUAUUUCCUAUUGUGUUUUUUUUUUUUUUAUCAAUACUGUUAACUUACAUUGAAUUGAGUGUUUGAAUUGAAUUGAAUUGAAACUUUUUUUUGUCAUUAGAAUGCUAAAGGGUGCACCUCAGGUGUGUUAAGUAGCAAACGUCAAUACAAUAGUAUUUUCUUUUCAAAUAACACUACAUUUUUAAAAAAUGUCUCAAUUACUUCUGCUGCAUUUCUUUUUAGAAAUUCUUUGAUGGCUUUGUAGAAUUAAUAUUCAGUGCGGUGAAAAAAUGUGGGCACCCCUGGUUUAAGUAUCUGUUACAAUGAAUCUGUAUUUGAUUGAAAGCAAACCUAAACUUUAAAUGGUAGAGUUAAAUGAGACCUUUGUGCAAAUUUUAAAGCAAGAUUUUUAUUUUCAUUUUUUAAGGUUGAUAAAUUAUUAAAAAAGGAAAAGGGCCCUGUGCAAAACUCUGGAAAUCCUUUUGGAUUAUUCUUUGUUACUUUUUAAAAAGAUGAUUACACAGGCCCAGACCCAGGUGAUUUAAUUGUUAGGUGCGUCACUGAGUCUGGGGAGUAUAAUUCCAGGGCUGAACUUUUUAUUGUGAAGUAACUCCAUGGUGUUAACAACCAUGGGUUCCUCUAAACAGUUGUCCAAUGAUUUCCGAAUGAAGGUUAAUUUCCACCAAGAAGGAGAAGGCUACAAAAGCUCUCAAUGUUUCAAACUACCAAUAAAGAUUUCAAAUAGAACAGUCCAAGAAAUGCUCAGAAGAACCCACACAAAACCCCACAUGGCAGAGUUGCCUGAAAGAACGACCUCAACACAAAAUUAAACAUCUGAGAAAACAAAUGUUUAAGCAAAAGAAAACAUUGAGAAGCCUGAAGCCUUUUGGAACAAUGUGCUUUGGACUGACGAAACACACCAAGGUCAGUUUGGAGAAAAAAGGGUGAAGCCUUUGUAGAAAACACCUUGCCAACUGUGAAGUAUGGAGGUGGAUCCAUUAUGGAUUGGGGUUGUGUGGCAGCUGGGGGCAUAAUAAAUAUUGUGAGUGGAAGGAAGAAUGGAUUCCAACAAAUAUUAAGAGAUUCUAGAGGCUAAUGUUCAAAGGUCAGUCCAGACAUUGAACUUGAAGAGAGGUUGGGUAUUCCAGCAAGACAGUGAUCGAAAGCAUACCUCGAAAUCAAUCAUGAAGUACCUCCAGGAAACAUGGAUUAAGGUUUUGCAAGGAGGGCAAAGAAUGUUUCUGAGCUAGAGGUGUUCUGCCAGGAAGAAUGGGGGAAAAAUUCCCAAAGCGAGAAUUGAAAGCUGGCUACAGGAAGUGUUUACAAGCGGUUGGUAGCUGCCCGAGGAGUAGUUACAAACUACUGACAGGGUACUUCGUAACGUCAUGUUUAACGUUUGACCAUUUAGAGGUCGGGUUCACUUCUAUUCACGUAGAUAUUAACUGUAAAAGGCUUUUGACCAGGGGUUCCCAAAUUUUUGCACACCACUGUGGUUUGCUUUUUGUAUUUAUAACAGCUACAUUUCCUUUUUAAUAGAGAGAUUUUAAUAAAUUAGUUCACAGCACUACAAUUCAACUAUGCAUUAAGAGAUUUCAGGUUAUGAACGUAUGUUGAGAACUGUAUCAAAAUGAAUAAUCCUCUGUAAAUAACUUUUAUUCAAAUACUAUGCAUGGCUUUAUUUUUAUACAUCAGGUCUCCACAUUUUGUGUUGGCGAGGAGACGGACUUAAACCCAAAAGAGUGAACCUCAUUGGCAUCUGUUCUGCAGGGAUUCUUUUUUCUAUGAGAAAAAUGUGCCUAAAUAUAAUGAACAUUAUCAGUUGGGAAACUCUGGGUUGGAGAGACAUGGUUUCAUUAUGCCUGCAUUAAUGCAAUCUAGUUACCUUUGUCUAAACUCUGUAUUGCAUGUUUAACUUGGUACCGAGCAAGUGCUUUAUACUGGGUUUCCAUGUACAUUGUCAGGACUGAGAAGGCAACAGUGCGUGAAUUUGAAAUUUAGAUGAAUGUAACAAAGGAAACUGAUAUUGGAAUUGGGCACAGCUGAUGACGUCCUGGAGUAAAGUCACACAGAACAAGAAAUGUUUAAUAUACCACCAAGAAGAAAGCAGGCACUUCCUUUCCCAGCCAUGAACCCUGACCCUUGUGUUACUGUAACACCAUCACACUCAGAGGGCAUGUGUGUUCAUAUUUUUACUGCCAGAAUCAGUGGGCUGUAUUCAAUUAACAUUUGUUCUUAGCCUUGACAAAAUUAUUAUUUUUAUUUUGUUCUGAUCUCAUCCACCAUUUGGACAAACUGAACCAAAUAAGACUGACUAGCAUUGACCCAUGUAUUACCAAUGAAGUGGUGUUGUGUACAACAGUA